AUGGCCAGACGCCUCCAGGAGCUCGCUCGGCCCAAACCAAACAGACUUCAGUAUCCAGACCGUCGCUCGGUUUAUUGGCUCGAUAAACUGCCUCCUGAAAAGACGAGCUCCGUGACACAAAUUGAGUUAACCCCGCGUUGGCUGGAGCUUUCCCGAAGUAAAAAGAUCAACACUCGAGUCACACUGAAUCCUGAGUGGAGGGUGAGUGCGUGGGCUCUGAAGGCUGUACCGUCCCAACGCCUGUGUCGUCUGGCUCUCCCACGACUCCCUGCGGCGGAGUGGCAGCCAGAGCGCCCCCUACUGGCCCCUUUGAGCGCAGCGACUCAGACGGCUGUGGCCACGGCCCGGGUCUGUGCGCUCGCUCAGCCCAAGAAGAAACAUGGAGAUGAGGCGUCUGGUCCCAGGACCAAACCUGCUCCUCGCUCCCAGGGGUCGAGUCGAGCGUCUGCUCACAUAGAGCUGCUCGCCACCCCAAAACAAAACCACCCAAAGUUCGAGGGGGAGCGUGAGGCGUCCUGGCCCGUGUCCAGAUCGGCUCAGAAGGCGGUGGCCAGUCCCCGUGUCCAGGAGCUGUCCAGUCCCAAAGAGAGAAAGUCUCUGUAUGAAGGAUUUAACCCGUACGUCAUCAGCAGAGCGGCGCGCUCCGCCUGUCCCUCCGCACGCGUCCGACAGCUCAGCCUCCCCCUGCCACGGAAAUGCAGCUCACAAUAA